GGGGGCAUAGCGGAGGCUGGAGGGUGGAGGUGCCGAGUCACGCCGGCCCGGGAGGGGCCUCGGCCCCGCCGGCGACAACGGGAGCAGCGGGCGGGAGCCGGAGCGGAAGCGGCGGGAGGAGGCCGGCAGCACCUGGUCCAAGAUGGGGUCCCAGGUCUCAAUGGAGGCAGGAACUGUGCACGUGGUAAUCGUGGGCGGCGGCUUCGGCGGGAUCGCGGCUGCCAGCCAGCUGCAGGCACUGAACAUCCCCUUCGUGCUGGUGGACAUGAAGGACUCCUUCCAUCACAAUGUGGCUGCCCUCCGGGCCUCUGUGGAGAGGGGGUUUGCCAAAAAGACCUUCAUUUCCUACUCGGUGACCUUCAAGGAAAACUUUCGGCAGGGUCUGGUGGUGGAGAUAGACCUGAAGAAUCAGACUGUGCUACUGGAGGAUGGCGAGGCCCUGUCCUUCUCACAUCUCAUCCUGGCCACGGGCAGCACCGGGCUCUUCCCGGGCAAAUUUAACAAGGUCUCCAGCCAGCAGAUGGCCAUCCAGGCCUAUGAGGACAUGGUGACACAGGUCCAGCACUCACAGGCCAUCGUGGUGGUGGGAGGAGGCUCUGCGGGUGUGGAGAUGGCUGCAGAGAUUAAGACCGAGUACCCAGAGAAAGAGGUCAUCCUCAUUCACUCCCAAAUGGCCCUCGCUGACACGGAGCUCCUGCCCUGUGUCCGGCAGGAAGUAAAGGAGAUCCUGCUCCGGAAAGGCGUGCAGCUGCUGCUGGGUGAGCGGGUGAGCAACCUGGAGGGACUGCCUCUCAACGAGUAUCAGGAGUGCAUCAAGGUCCAGACAGACAAAGGCACGGAGGUAGCCGCCAACCUGGUGAUUGUCUGCAACGGCAUCAGGAUCAACACUUUGGCCUACCGCAGUGCGCUCGGUGAUCGGCUGGCCGGCAAUGGUGCUCUGAGAGUGAAUGAGCACCUCCAGGUGGAGGGCUGCAGCCACAUCUAUGCCAUCGGUGACUGCGCCAACGUGAGGGAGCCCAAGAUGGCCUAUCACGCCGGCCUCCACGCCAGCGUCGCCGUGGCCAACAUCGUCAACUCCGUGAAACAGAGGCCUCUGAAAACCUACAAGCCAGGUUCCCUGACAUUCCUCCUGGCCAUGGGGAGAAAUGACGGCGUGGGCCAGAUCAGUGGCUUCUACGUGGGGCGGCUCAUGGUUCGGCUGGCCAAGAGCCGGGACCUGCUGGUCUCCACAAGUUGGAAAACCAUGCGGCAGUCUCCACCCUGAGGGGGAGGCUGGGCAGGAGACAGGAUGACCACCUCACGGAGGCUUCGCCCAGGCCUCCAUUCCCGAGGACGAGGGCCAGCCAGGCGCCUCUUCUGGAAGCAGGACCUGCCACCUGAGAAACACAGUCCAUUCUGUACUGUCUGACGGGGGCCUCACAUGGUGGGAGUUGCAGCCCCAUUGUGACCGGCCUUCUUCUAUUUUAACAUUCCAGAAGUUUCCACCGAGGGGGACACAAUUGAUUCUCCAAACUGAGGAAAAUGUUGCAAUAAAAGAAUAUGUUUUCUAAAACAACAGGAAGAAAACAGAUGGAAAGAAACCCCUCGUGGAGACCUGGUUAAUUACGGACUGAGGCUCUUUUUAACGAGAAUAUAAAAACGCAGCGGGCUCUUCCCGUGGGCAGGACCUGCUCCUGCAGCCUCUGCUACCCGCUCCCCUGCCGUCACCCUUCCUCUCUCCUUUUGAAAAAUAAAACCCCGCUCCUGUGA